CAUCUUUCAUUCAUUAUUCUAGUUUUCCGCUCUCAUCACUCACUCCUCCUUCAUAAGGAAAUUAGGGUUUUGAGGGGUCUCUCGUUUCGUCCUACCCGAUCAGCCAUGGGAGGAGGCAACGGCCAAAAGGCAAAGAUGGCUCGCGAGAGGAACCUCGAGAAGCAGAAGGGCGGCAAAGGAAGCCAGCUUGAAACAAACAAGAAAGCCAUGUCGAUCCAGUGCAAAGUGUGCAUGCAAACAUUUAUCUGCACCACAUCAGAAGUGAAGUGCAAGGAGCAUGCUGAGGCCAGACACCCAAAAUCUGAUCUCUUCACUUGUUUUCCUCAUCUUAAGCCCUAAACUUUAGGGGAAAGUGUGUCGAUACACUAUAUCAUAUUAUAUGGAUCAUGGCUUUUAUAUAAAAAAUGUGUCUAUGUUUGUCUUUGUGGUUAGAAAAAGACGAGGGAUUUGUAUGUUUUCCUGUGGAAGUGCAAAGAAACUGUUAAUUUUCUCUUGUCAAAGUGUAACUGUUUAAUGGUCAUUAGUGUUAAUAUUGUGUUAAAAAAUCGUGGUAUUAAAUAAAGUGCUUGCUUAUAUCAGUACUUAAA